AUGGGUCUCGUAUUCUGGCCAUUCCCGGCCAUGUCCGUGCUCUCGCCUGAAACACUCUCCACCAUCCUCUCCCCCGCGAGACUGGGCUUACCAGUAUUCUCUCCGAUCGCAAAUCCCAGCGAUCGACGGCCGCCCCUCCUGGAUCCAUCUAGCCCUUCGGGGGGCUUGCCUGGAGGUCGAGAUUGGGCAUUGGGCCACUCGUACGCUGCCCCUACCGGCCAUCUGUCGCACCCGCCGUCUCUCGGCGACACCCCUGAUCUUUUUGCCGUGCGCGAUCCGUCCGCCAAUCUGGCGACACUCGCAGCACCGGGCAUGAGCACCGCGCUGGACGCGCUGGCAGCCCAGCCGUUGAAUGCGCGCCGUGCCGGAGCGCCGACCCUUCCUAGCUUUGAGCUGCCGCCACCACCCUUCAACCUCGCGGCGACGUCCAAGUACCCUUCGCAGCCCAGCCAGCCUGCAUCGCAGGCUCCAGCCAGCGUCGGGAACCUGCUCACGCCACCCGCCACAAACCAAUCCGGGGAGAGCGCCACCCCAUCCCACGCGCUGGCGCCUUCCACCGGGGGAUCCUCGGAUCUGCCCUCAUACUGGUCCAACCCUAACCCGUACGCAGCCGGCCCGCCGCAUGCGCAAGCCUGGGCACACUCGGUAUACCCAGGACGAAGCUCCUUCUCUCCACAGUCCGGCCUGGUGGGUCGUUCCUCGUCCAUCACAUCUCCUCCUACCACAGACGGUCUCUCGACCCACGAGGUGCCGUCGAUGUCUUCAUUUCCACAGCCGCUCCCUGCUCCUUCAACCAUGCCCCAUAUGGCUGGCGGAAUUUACCCACCAGCUACCUCUCCGCCGUCGCUAUCGUCAAAUGACCCGUACGCCCCAAAGGCGCAAUCCAUGUACGGCGCCUCUCCGCCGCUGAUCAGUCCGCACCAAGGCGGAUUCGCUCACCUUUACGGGGGCCCCUCCCCCGUGGGGUCGGCCGGGCUAGGCAUUCAUGCCCAAGGGCGCAUGCCCUCACACAGCCCGUCCGCCGGACACCCACACAUCGGCUUUCCUCGCCAGCCGUGGCCGUCGUACUCUCUACCGGCCAUGAAUGGUCCGAUCAUGACGAAUGUACACAGUCCGAACACCCCCAUGUCGAUGAUGGGAGGCAUGCAGGCAGGCCUGUUGCCCGGAUUCAAUAGCGGCCAUGUUGCGAAUUCACAGCACCUAUAUGGCGCCCACCAACCGCCGCAUGGCAUGCCUGCCCCGGCGGCUGAUCGGCCGUUCAAAUGCGAUCAAUGCCCGCAAAGUUUCAAUCGCAAUCACGAUCUCAAGCGACAUAAGCGGAUUCAUUUGGCCGUUAAACCGUUUCCUUGCAAACACUGUGACAAGAGUUUCUCCCGCAAGGACGCAUUGAAGGUGCGUAUUUUCCGCCCCCGGCCCCCUUUAGCGGAAGUUAUUUCUUUUUCGAUUCAUACUGACUCCCUCUCACAGCGACAUAUUCUCGUCAAGGGCUGCGGCAAAGACGACACAGAUGAUCGAAACCUAAGUGGGGCUGCUGACGAAUCGGUCAAGAGCAGCGGAUUGAGUGAGGACGGGAGCCCGGUCAUGAAUGGACAUGUCUGA